AAUGGAUUUUAAUAAUACUAGUUUGAAUGCUAAAAUUCCUACAUUAAGAUGUAAAUAUUAAUCAUUUUAUUCAUAUUAGAAGCUGAAAGCUCAUUUUAACGAUACAGAAAUCCAUUAAAUGAAUGUUAACAUAAAAGUGAAUCAAAUUCUUUUGAACAUAAAUAAGGUGAUAUGUAAUUUCCUAUUCAAUAAUAUACAUUCUUUUAAUCAACUCCUAUUUUUCCAAUAUUAGGUAUUGAAUAUUCAAAUUAUAAAGGUGAACCAAAAAAUGAGUUUAUUGAAACAGCAAAUCAAUUUAUUAAACAUGGCAUGUAAAAUAGCUUAGCAAGCAUGAUAUAAAAGUAGAGUAUUGUUUAAAAUGAAUUCAAAUUGAAUUAAACUACUUAUGGAUGCAAAAAAAUGUGUGAAAUUGAUUGCAUGUUAGUUGAAAGAUAUUUUAAUCAAAAAUAUUGGGUAAUUGUUAAUGUUAUACACAGAUAUUCUAAAAUUCAAAUUAGAAGUAUAAACUUGAUUAAACUAAAAUAAAUAAUACAGAUUGGUUAAAAGCCAGAAUGCAACAUAGAUAUAAAUCUCAAAUCUAUGAUGCAUUUUCUGAAAUGAUAGAUUUAAUAUUUAAAGAAGGUGAAAUCCAAAUGAAUUCUAGAACAUAGGUAAUUAAAAUACAGAAUCUCAAAGGAUUCUAGAAUUUAGAGAGACAACUCUAAAAAGCAGUUAAGGCAGAGAAGAAAUUUGAUGCUUUUCUAUUCGAAAUUUAAAAGGUUUUAGCAGAUUUUAUAUUUUCAACUAUAAAUUGA